CCGGUAGUCUAUAUAAAGGCAUGUGAAUAACUUUACAUUCCCACGAUUGCAGCCUAUCUCCACACAUCAAAUUUCUUCUGCUGAUAUCUUCAGGGUAAUCGAUAAUAAUGGCAGGGCCAUCACGUAGGAUAUGGGGCUUUGAACUAGCAGUAGUGGUUCUUGGACUGCUUGCAAUGGCACAGCAGUCCAUGCAACAGAGUUCCAAGCGCCCCAUGCAUGGGCUUAUCCAGAGAAUCAACGAUAAUGGCCCUUACUUUGGUCUUGUUUUGGCUUCCGACUCCGACGAGAAGGCUCUCCUAGCCUCUAAUGUCUUUAAGACCGAAGGUGAAAUUUCUUCGGUUGAUGUGGCUGGAAGAAAAUUCAACGUUGGCACGAUCAACGGAACUAAUGUGAUAUAUGUGAAGACAGGGAAGGGACCAUCAAUAAAUGCAGCAGCAACAGUGCAGAUCCUCGUUGAUUUAUUUGAGCCCGAAGGAAUCAUUCACAUCGGCCCCGCCGGAGCCGUUAAUUAUUCCCUGUUCAUCGGUGAUGUUGCUGUGCCUAAACAAGUUGCCUUCACUGGAUCUUGGAAAUGGCUGGAACGUCGGGCAAAGGGUGGGCAGCUGGUAUUCGGAGAAUACAAUAAACCAGUUAGAGGAGGCAACUUGUUGGGAAGCAUAAGCUUCCAACCAACCACACUGUACGCAACAGGAAAAAAUAAGACCACCGUCUUCUGGCUUCCCCUCACCUCAAAUUGGCUCGACGUAGCCUCUCAACUUAAGAACGUUGAGCUGGAGCAAUGUAUCAGCAAGAACAAGUGCCUACCCAAAGCACCAGUUAUGGUGAACGAUUUGAGGGUCUCAUCUUCUGAUAUAUACGUGCAAAAUGCAGCUUAUAGAGAAUUCAUCUGCACACAAUUCAAGGCCUCAACAGUCGAUAGAGAAACCGCAGCUGUUACAUUGGUGGCUUUGUCAAAUGAUGUCCCUGUUAUCGCCUUCAGGGGUGUCUCCGACACCGCAGGUGGAUCAACUGCAUACAAAAGCUACAGCUAUUUGGCGUCUGUCAAUGUUGUGAAAGCUGCUGUGGCGUUCAUUGGCGCAGUUGGUAACUCUAACUCAUCCCUCGCAGUCGCAGCUUAUUAAGCAACGGCCUGUUAGUGUUUGAUCCGCGGUACUGGAAUAAUUAAUUAUAAUAAAUUAAUAAGUGUAUGAUGAUGAUCAUUGCUAUGCAGUCGCCAUCUUUAAUGAAAAUUAGCUAGUAUUUUCUUCUUC